AUGCCUCCAUCCAUCACGUCCACAAAGGAUUCCGAUGAAGCGUGUUCGGAUCUGUUUAAAUUGGACUCGGCGGCUCUCAAUAAACAACCGGAAGAAGUGUUCGAUAUUGUCGGCAAGCUAGGAGAAGGGUCAUAUGGAUCAGUACAUAAAGCUGUUCAUCGAGACUCUGGUCACACACUGGCUAUCAAGAAGGUUCCAGUGGACACAGAUCUUCAGGAAAUCAUUAAAGAAAUCAGUAUUAUGCAACAAUGUGACAGUAAAUAUGUAGUGAAGUAUUACGGGUCCUACUUCAAGAAUUCUGAUUUAUGGAUUGUCAUGGAGUAUUGCGGUGCUGGUUCUGUUUCUGAUAUUAUGCGACUAAGGCGUAAGACACUAACCGAAAGCGAAAUGAGUGCUGUAUUGAGGGAUACAAUAGAAGGACUAAGAUAUCUUCACGAUCUCAAGAAAAUACAUCGGGAUAUCAAAGCUGGCAAUAUUUUGCUAAACACCGAAGGACAAGCGAAAUUGGCCGACUUUGGUGUAGCAGGGCAAUUGACGGAUACAAUGGCGAAGCGAAACACUGUCAUUGGCACACCAUUUUGGAUGGCUCCUGAAGUGAUUGAAGAGAUCGGAUAUGACACUAAAGCUGAUAUCUGGUCUCUGGGUAUCACUGCAAUUGAAAUGGCGGAAGGACGGCCACCAUAUGCGGAUAUACAUCCCAUGAGGGCAAUCUUCAUGAUCCCAACAAAACCUCCACCAACCUUCAAGAAGCCGGAUGAGUGGAGUGAUGAAUUCAAUGACUUCAUCAAACAGUGUUUAGUGAAAAAGCCUGAUGAUCGGAAAACGGCUUCGCAACUAGUUGAGCAUAGCUUCAUAGCCAAUGCUCCCGGUCCGGAAGUUCUGCAAGCGAUCAUCAGAGAUGCUAGCGAAAUCCAGUCCAAUAGCAAGUAUGCACUAGCCGCGGAGUCGGAAGCAGCAACAAUAAUCGAUGGAAAGGUGGAUGGUCGAACGCUACUAACUCGUGGGAACAACCCUGAUGACCGCACUUUAGUCGAGAAUGCCGCAGCGACAGAUCAAUUUCUUACUGCACUGAGCUUGAAGAGCCAAAUGGAGUCGUUGCGUAUCGGUGGCCAAAUACCAGGGUCAGUGCUGGGCGCUCCUCCACCUUAUCAGAAAGCUGGGUCUUUAGUAGAGAAGCCGGAAUACGCAGCAACCACGACGGAUACUCCAGUUGGGGAAUCGGAGUCGUCAACGACGUCUAGCAUAAUGAAUACCGAAGCGGAGUACGAGAAUCGUUUUCACAAGUCAAUGGCAGAGGAUGAUUACGAGUUUUUGCGUGAACUCUCACUUGAUGAGCUUCUCCGAAGAAAAAACAAUCUUGAAUCGGAAAUGGAUGAAGAACUCCGCGAAUUACAAAGGAGGUAUCAAACGAAACGUCAACCGAUUCUAGAUGUGAUUGCAUUGAAGAAGAGUAGAAGUGCGAACUAA